AUGGGACAGAUUAAUAAAGUCACAGAAUUUGUCCUCCAGGGCCUCACCCAGGAUCCUGAUGGACAAAAGGCAUUAUUUGUCAUGUUUUUGCUCAUCUACAUUGUGACGAUGGUGGGCAACCUGCUCAUUGUGGUGACUGUCAUUGCCAGCCCCUCCUUGGACUCCCCCAUGUACAUCUUCCUUGCCUAUCUGUCACUCAUGGAUGCCGUCUAUUCCACUGCCGUCUCACCCAAGCUGAUUAAAGAUUUACUCUGUGAUAAGAAGACAAUUUCCUUCCCAGCAUGCAUGGGCCAGCUCUUCAUAGAACACCUGUUUGGGGGUGCUGAGGUCUUCCUUCUGGUGGUGAUGGCCUAUGAUCGCUAUGUGGCCAUCUGUAAGCCACUGCACUACUUGAGCAUCAUGAACAGGCGGGUUUGCAUCCUCCUGUUGGUGGUGGCCUGGGUGGGAGGUUUUGCACACUCUGUGGUUCAGCUUGCCUUUGUGUACAAUCUCCCCUUCUGUGGUCCUAAUGUCAUUGACCACUUCAUCUGUGACAUGUACCCAUUACUGGAACUUGCGUGCACUGACACCUACUUUAUAGGCCUCACUGUGGUUGCCAAUGGUGGAGCAAUCUGUAUGGUCAUUUUAAUCCUUCUCCUGAUCUCCUAUGGGUUCAUCCUAAACUCCCUUAAAUCCUACAGCCUGGAAGGGAGGCGCAAAGCCCUGUCUACCUGCAGCUCCCACAUCACGGUGGUUGUCCUCUUUUUUGUUCCCUGUAUUUUUAUUUAUGUCAGACCUGUUUCUACCUUUCCUAUUGAUAAACCCAUAAGUGUGGUUUUCACAGUUAUCACUCCCAUGUUGAAUCCUUUAAUAUAUACCUUAAGAAAUGCAGAGAUGAAAAACGCUAUGAAAAAACUCUGGUGUAAAAAGUUAACUACAGGUAAAAUAAGAAUGGAUCUCCCACGUUGA